UUAGUUUGUAAAUGCUAAAAUUAGAUGCCGUUAGCUAGCUGGUGAAGGUGAUCGAAAAAACUACAGCGUUUCGUGAUGCUUCAACUGGUUUCUACAGAGGGCUCGGUAAAGAAUUCGGAAACUAGCUUGUUCUAAUUGGUAGUUUGAAUUAGUUGUGUGUCCUCGCAUAGCUGGAAGAUUGAAGCUCGUCUACUACCCUAACAUUGCGAGUAUUGAAGUAGGAACACUUGUGUUGUUUAUUAAUUUACUAAUUUAUUAUCAUAUACUGGAGUUCCAUCCACGGGAGUUGUCUUCCAAUUGGAUUUCACGAGAGCCGCUUCUUUUUUUGUGCUCCGAACUUAAUCGUGAUUCGCUGCCCCAAUACUUCACAUCAACUCUGCUCUUAGUGCAAUGUAUCACAAAAUCUGCUAGUUUACUACGGGAUUAUUUCACGAAACCGAGCUUCUACAGAUCCAAGAGUUUUCAAAUGAACCACUAGAGUUUCGAAGAACCGCAAUCACUCCUAGAAAGAUGCGAGAUGCUGACGUAUGGUGCUGAACGGGAAGUUAUCCUCAAGGCCACUGACGCGGAUGGUAGUUGUGUUUUAGCAUGUGCAUUGGCAGCCGUUCACUUACUGACUCAGAAAAAACCAGACUUCGAAACAAAUUCUUUCCUUUUCGCUGCUAAUAAAAACCUGGAUAAGGCUACGAACUAUGAAAAGUCAGUGCUAGCAGUAGCCAUGGCAUGGGCAAAAGGUGAAACAGGAGAGGCGGUUGAUUUGCAUUUUCAGCUUCUGGAGGAGUUCCCAAAAGAUUUGGCAUCUCUUAAAAAAGGUCAAACUCUCUGCUUUUACAUGGGGCGGACACAUGAUAUGCUACGGAUGGCUGAGCUGGUGCUUCCUGCAAACCGGGAAAGUCCAUAUAUAUAUGGAAUGCUGGCAUUUCCUUUGUUGGAAGUGGGAGAGAGAAUGCGAGAGGCAGAGGUUGCAGCCAAGAAGGCACUAAGCAUUGAGCCUCAUGAUGUGUGGAGUCAACAUGCGCUGGGCCAUGUACUUCAGUAUGAGUGUCGUUUUAAAGAAGCAUUGACAUUUGCAGCUAGUUGCUGUGACACUUGGAUCUCUUGUUGUUCAUUCAUGUACGCUCAUAACUGGUGGCAUUUAGCCUUAUGCAAGUUGGAGCUGGGUGGCAAAGGCGCCUUGGAAAGUGUUGUCACGAUCUAUGAUACUCAUAUUUGGAGCAGCAAUGCCGCUGCUAAUAACUCCCAGGAUUGCUUAAAUGCACUUGGUCUGCUGCUUCGUCUUGAUAUCAGAGGAUACAACGAUAUUGUGACUACAAAAAUAGCUGAUAUGCAGACAUGCCUGCUUGAUGAGCAAAGGUGGCAUACUGAGUGGCAUCAAGACCUCUUGAUGGUUUGGGGGCUAUCCCGAGGAGACCACAAGGAAGUGGCUCGAAAGCUGCUGCAGAACUUGAAGCUCAGAGUGGAGAAUAUGAAGGGAGAACAACAGAAGCCUUUGUGGCCCGUGAUUUCACUUGCAGAGGCGUUGUACGAGUAUGGAGUUCGCAAUUUUGGGGCUGUUUGCGAUUUGCUGGGACUUGAUUCUAAUCUAUCCAAGUACAAGGUGAUGGGCGCAUCCAAUGAGCAGCUAGACGUUUUCCAAGAAUUAUGGUGUGUCGCUUUUUUACGUGCUGGAAACCCUCUGCCAGUGGUGGAAGUUGCGGAACAACGAGUUUUGGAAAGAAGUGGAAUUCCUUUUACUUGGCGUCUUCUAGUGCAGGCAUAUUCAGCCGUUGGACAAGAAGCGAAGGCAAACAUGGCCAGUGCAUCUGUACGUAAACUGGAGGCAGCAGCAGAAGCUUUGGAAAGCUAGACUUGUCAUUGUCACUCAAAUAGUUGCUCAGUCACCUGAUGUAAUGUUGUCGAGUGCGGUAUUGUAGGCUUUGUAACAACUUCGUGUCCGUAAGGUCUUUCGAUAUAACCAUAAUAUGGAAUUUUGGCACUAAUUAGAGAAGUUUGUGCAUGUCUCGGCAAAAAGUUGUCAUUUUGGGAGGUGGGGUGAAAAUUUAGAGAUGGAAAAUGUGCUUAAUUGUAGAGGACAUGAAUAGAUUUAUCCUUAUUGUGGGUAGAGAGUAUAUUAUGUAUAAAUAGACAUCAUUUGUUUACUUUUUAAAAUAUAUUUAAAUUUAUAGAAUGAAAUAAUGCAGAUAGAUGUUCUACAUAA